AUGUGCUGCGGCAGUGCUGAUGUUGUCAUAGGACCUCCAUGUCCCGAAGCAGAUUUGAUAAUGGCGCAUCUCUCAAAUGUUUAUAAAAAGGCCUGGUUAGGAUGGGUAUACGUGAUACCUGAUUUUCUUUUGGAGACAAAUAUCCGUUCAUUUCUAGCAGUAUCAGCUAUUACAAUAGGCGCUUGCGCUCUACAAGUGGUAAGUCAAUUUAAAUGGGACAUUAUCCCAAUUAUAUACAUGACAAAUGAAGUGAUAUUCUGCGACGAUAUGAUUGACUCGCUUAUGAUAAGCACAGAUUCAUUCAGUGAUGCUUCAGCUUCUUUUACGCCCAGAGUAGCUCUGAAGCAAAUCGUCAACGAAGACGACAAUAAUUCAUACACACGGACCCUGCAACAGAUCAAAGCUCGCUCACGUGUAACCAUACUACGCAUGGACCUCGCAACUGAUCGACGUGGCUUCCGGAUAAGAGCAAACCAGAUGCGGAUGACCAAUAGCGAAUACGUAUUUCUAAUGCUCAAUAUACGUAGUACUGGCUUCGGAAGAGCUGGAGCGGGAAAGGAGAUUCGUAAUAAUCUAACGCGUUUUCCGAUAAAAGUAACAUGAUA